UUAGUGUUUUAUCGCUGUUGUUAUUGUUGUUGUCGUGUGAAUAGCUUCAUGUCUUGCAGCACAUUGUCCGUGUCCUCGUCACUGACACCAAUCUGCUGAAGUGACCACCCUCCACUCACUCAAAACAUCCUAUUUCCAGCUCUCUGACGCCCUAAUAAGGUCCGCGCUCGUAAACCGUAAACCUGCAAGCGCCCCUUGCCCCACAUCUACUUUCCGGACACAGCACAUAACACUGCAUUCUCAUCAACAUUGGGAGAUCGUGUCGUCGAAUGCUGCGCGCAAAGAUUUUUCUAUACUCGCCGCCCACAGGUUUCGCACACGCAUUCUAGGCUAUGUCGAGCGGCUCGAGAAGUGGCCGCCCUACGAUCCGUCAAGUCGAGAGCGUUCGCAACGAUGAUGCUCCACCCCAGCCUCACCGCACCAGCUCCUACACCAGCCGCAAACGUGUCGUCGAAAAGAACGAUGCGUACCUCUACGCUCUGCGCGUUGCAUACCUGACUUAUCUCCUUAAGCCGCGUCAGAAACGGAUCCAACAUGUCGCGCAACCGAAGGCCGCUCAGCGUUCAUCGACUUCAGUCACGGAUCUGGUCAAGGAUAUAUCCCUGAUAAAGGACAGCAAAAGCACGAAAUUCCCGCACAAGUUUAUGGGCGAGUUGGACAAGCGGAUAGAAGGUGUUCUGAUCGGAAAAGAGAAGAUGCCGGAAUAUGCAGAUGCCUCGGUGAAGAGAACAUUUGCGGUGUUUUUGAACGAGUUCAAAAAGCCACAGUUCCGAAAGUCUAUGGAUAAAGAUCGACGUGUUGAAGAUCUGCUGCUAAUUUUCUUCUCGAGCGCCACGAAAGAGCUACAAAAAGGGAAAGAGCCCGGAGACGAUCAGUGGAAGCUUAUGGUGGACCGUCAUGUUGCGCUAUUCAUAAGGCUUGUCAGCUCGACGUUAAAGCAUAAUGAUUGGACAAGAGAGCGACCAGAACUAACGAGCAGACUCGCGAAUAUGGAGAAGAAACUUCUUAUGCACGAUCAAGAUCUGUCCUCGCAAGGAACAGGACCAUCCACAAUCGAGGUCGAGGUGCCACGGUCGUACCAGAUCAAGGACAUGGAUAUGGUGCGAAGAGUUGCGAAUGUAUUCGAUAUUCCGCCCUCGCAAGUACAGGCUGAUAUCGACAAUCACAAAACGCUAUGGACAGAAAAGGCGGCCUUACAGGACUUGAAAUUGUACCAGACGAAUUUGAGCCUUCACAGCAAGAAGACGCUGAACUCUGACGAUUUUGAUCUGGAAGACGCCUACCAAGUAUGGAAGAAAGCUGAAAUACCGGAUAUCUCACAGAUGAUGCUCGCACUCAUGCAAUCUGAUCCUACCUUAGCGAAGAGCACGCCAGGCGGAACUGUGUCUCAAAUUAAACCGUCAGGAGUAUCCGGCGAUCCCAACUGGUCAGACGCUUCCCGGAAGAUGUCUGAUAACACAGAUGCUUCCUAUGUGUUCGACCAGCCUGUCGAUAUGAGCGCUCUCAAUCUACAAGAGAAUGGAGAUGGCAAUGACGAAGGUGCAUAUACAUUCAUCCCCCCCGACCCACGAGCAUAUUACCGAGUCUGUGUCAGGGAGGCACUGACAUAUGAUCUUUUGAAUGCGGACUCUGAAGCCGAUGGUGAAACGAUGAAACUGCUUUCUAAGGAGUCCGCGGAGCUGUUGAAUGAGAUCGCCGUCCGGUGGAGAAUACCACAUUUCUCCAGAAUAGUGCUAUUCCUCGACGUUGUGAAAGACAAAUACAUCAGUCACGAAUGCAGGGCUGACACCUUAGACGUGGCCUUCAAUUAUGUGAAGGAGCCCCCUGUCGAGAAUAAGAAAAACAAUCGGUCAAGUCAGAUCGUAUCGUCCGCUUUUUUCGAUCGGAACAGAUGGACUGUGACGGAUUUCGCACUCAUGCGACGGAUUCUCUCAAGCAUCUACGAUAAUCUAUUGAGGGACCUUUUCGAAGAAAUGUUGAAGUCCUUCGACAAAACUGCCUCUGUUGAACUGGGACAGAUUCUUUAUGUGAUAGACAAUCACAUUUACGAAGAUUCCCUAUUCCACAAGGCAAAAGAUGAUAUGGAAGGGUUCUCUAGGCAGCUGCACGAGGCUAUACGUGGUCGAGCUGCUGAGACGUAUAGCGAGCUUUUAUCGAAAGCGAUCCCUAACAGCAAAGAUGAGUGGGAGUUCUAUCAUGUCAUCGAGCUCGGCAAAGCUGUUGUCAAACUGCUACAGAAAAUUCUGAAGCGUUGGAGAAGACGGAGAGUGAUUAUGGGCGUAGAUCCAGCUCAAAUCCUAGUAGAAGAAAUGCUACCGUCAUUUGCAGGCGACGCGCGAGACCUUGUUGCUCGCAUAAUGGAAGUAGCACAGCAGAACGGCAAGGAGGUUCAUAUACAAGAUGGCUUUGAUCUAUACAAAGAGUUGGUUGAGGUGCGCAGAGUUCAUGCGGAAGUUCUGCCAGGUCGGCAAUUUGAUUUUCACAUUGAAGGUAUACUGCAAGAUUUUGUCUGGCGGUGGAUUGACAAUACGGAUGGCCAGCUUGUAGGCUGGGUGGAGAAUGCUGUCAAAAACGACAACUUCCAGAUACAGUCAAAUGACCCCGACAACACGCCAGCCGACGAGCGACACAGCGUAUCAGCCGUCGAUAUCUACAGAUCUUUCAAUGCAAGUAUCCAACAGAUUAUCAAUCUCAAUUGGGAUGAUGAUCUGCAGUACGCAAAGUUUAUGACAGCAGUGUCUAAAUCAAUAGGUAAUGGCGUGCAUAGGUAUUGCGAAAUGCUGGAGCAGAUGUUUGGGAGAGAGAUGGACCGUUUGACACCAGAACAAGAAGCGGCAGCAACACAAACGCGGCAAGAAAAGUGGCUGCAACUGGCCAAAGACACCUGGGCACAAAAGGAGAAGAUUGAGCCCUUCCAUUUCUUUCCAGAGUCUUUGGUCAAGCUGAACAACAUUGAAUAUGCGACUCUUCAACUAGACAGGCUUGAACACGAAGUCAAUGUCGACGCAUGUGCCAGUGUCAUACAGAAAUUCGCACCACCUGUGCAGCAGAGAAUGCCACAGUCGAAUAAGUACGUAUUCACUAUCAAGAUCAUCGAAGCCGAAGAUCUCAAGGCUUGCGACAUGAACGGACUCAGCGACCCGUACGUGGUACUAGGAGACGAAUACCAGAAGCGCCUAGCGAAGACUCGCAUUAUGUACGGCAAUCUAAAUCCUAGAUGGGACGAGACAAUUGACAUUACGACGACUGGACCUCUCAACCUCAUAGCAACGAUUUGGGAUUGGGAUACGAUGGGCGACCACGAUUGUGUUGGUCGGACGUCGCUAAAGCUCGACCCUUCGCAUUUCCGAGAUUUCAUGCCGCGGGAGUAUUGGCUCGAUCUGGACACUCAGGGGCGCUUGCUUCUACGUGUCAGUAUGGAAGGCGAACGAGAUGAUAUACAAUUCUAUUUUGGCAAAGCGUUCCGUACGUUGAAGCGUACAGAACGUGACAUGACGCGAAAGAUCACCGAUAAGCUAUCGCCUUAUGUGAGCUACUGUCUGUCAAGAAGAGCCUUACGAGCGCUUCUGUCACGAGGUUUGACAAUGUCCGGUGUGGCCAGUUACUUCCAACGAAACCGUCCUCAGUCAGUUGCUACCGGUCCUACCCAUGCUGAGGUUGAGAGCGCACUCAAGCCCCUCUUCGACUACUUUGACGACAAUUUCGGCAUCAUGAAAAAUACACUUACAGACUCGGCCAUGGUAAUGGUGAUGACUCGUCUCUGGAAGGAAGUCCUGGCCACUAUCGAAUCGCUCUUGGUCCCUCCACUAUCCGAUAAACUCUCCGUGCAAAGGCCUCUUUCGCAGCAAGAACUUGACAUCGUCUACAAGUGGUUACAGUUCAUCUUCGAGUUCUUCAACGCAGUUGAUGAGGAGACAGGCAUAUCUCAAGGUGUUCCUGUUGAUAUUCUCAAAUCGCCAAAAUACCACGAGCUACAAACGCUCAACUUCUUCUACUUCGAAUCCACGGCAAACCUUAUUCGCACUUCUGAGGGCAUGGCAUCUGCCACCGCCGCUCGUCAACAAGCCGAGGCUGCACGGGCUGCACGGCUCUCCGCCCCUGCGCACCUUGGCCACAGUUUUGGAGGUGGUGUCGGUCUGAUGGGCAUGCCCACCCGGAAGCACAAGACGGUCAUGCUAAGUAAGAAUCUAGGGACCAUGAGGAAGGCCAAGGAGGAGAAGCGGAAAGAGGCUCAAGCUGACCCGAAUGACGACAUGAUCUUGCGCAUUCUUCGAAUGCGUCCCGAAGCGGAGCGCUACUUGAAGGAUCGCAGCAGACAAAAAGAACGGUUGGCUGCUGCCGCCGCGGCAGAGAUGAUUGUGCGCCAAAGUUUGGUUCAGGGAAGUGGCAGGAUCCGGGGGACGACAUAGGGCAUGAACCAGAGCGUGCUGCAACGAGAGUGGAAAACCACGUGCAUAUAUAUUUGUGUUGAGGGAUUUCCUGUCUCAACGUCCUUUUGGGGACCAUGCAUUUGAUGAGCAGCGCGUGGUGUUACGGAGAAAUCAUAUAUCGGCUUUUGUUUUGUCGACGGCAUGGCUUGCGGGAUCUGCGAUUGGUGUUUCUUGCUAUGGACCGUGUUGUGUAUCUCAUAAUGAUGAAGAUGAUGUGUAGUGUAUACCUGGGUGAGGUAUGAUGAAGGCAGAAAGUGUGAAUGAGCUAGACAGAGACCUAAUGAUACCAUUUCCUUUCACUCC